UGACAGGGCAAAGCAAAAGACUGUUGUGUCGUCAUGACAAUAUGCAGAGAUUAGCACGUGAUGGAACAAAAUAAAAAAGCAAAGCAACCAGGAAAUCCUUCAUUAUCACCUCCUCUGACGACCCGAAGUGCAGCUUCACGAGAGUGCACAGGCCAUGAUGCUCGGGAGCUUGCUGUUUGCCGUGUGCUGUACCGCAGCACUGGCCCAUUUCAACACAAAUCUAGACCAGCACUGGGAGUUGUGGAAAAAGACACAUAACAAGUUUUACUACUCCAGUAAGAAUGAGGAGCUUGGAAGGAGGGAGUUGUGGGAGAGAAACCUUGAACUUAUCACCCUUCACAACCUGGAGGCCUCCUUGGGCCUGCAUUCAUAUGACCUGGGCAUGAACCACAUGGGUGACAUGACAACAGAGGAGAUUCUGCAGUCAUUUGCCACUACUCGUGUCUCUCCUGGCUUUAAGAGGCAAACAGCAGAAUUUGUGGGCUCUUCUGGGGCUCCUGUCCCAGACUCUCUGGACUGGAGAGAGAAGGGAUAUGUCUCCAGUGUGAAGAACCAGGGUGCGUGUGGCGCUUGCUGGGCAUUCAGUGCUGUUGAGGCUCUUGAAGGUCAGCUGAUGAAGACCACAGGAAAACUGGUUGACCUCAGUCCUCAGAAUCUGGUGGACUGUUCAUCCAAAUACGGCAACAAGGGCUGCAAUGGUGGUUGGAUGACUGAUGCCUUCCAGUAUGUUAUUGAUAAUGGGGGAAUAGACUCUGAAUCAUCUUACCCUUAUGAAGCAGUGCAAGGGCAGUGCAGAUAUGAUCCAUCCCAGCGUGCAGCAAACUGCACCAAGUACUAUUACGUCAGUGAAGGAGAUGAGGAGGCCCUGAAGCAGGCUGUUGCCAACAUCGGGCCGAUUUCAGUGGCCAUAGAUGCCACUCGCCCUCAGUUUGUCUUUUACCGCAGUGGAGUUUACAAUGAUCCGUCCUGCACCAAAAAUAUAAACCAUGGAGUUCUGGUUGUGGGAUAUGGUGCGAUUGCUGGACAGGACUUUUGGCUGGUCAAAAACAGCUGGGGUGCUGGAUUUGGAGAUGGUGGCUACAUCCGUAUGGCCAGAAACCAGGACGACAUGUGUGGCAUUGCCUUAUACCCCAGCUAUCCGGUUAUGUAGCUGAAAUCCUGUUGAAAUUAUGAAUAAAUCAAAAUAAGAUUCAACAUUUAUUAUUUUAUAAUCUCGUUUCUUAACUGUAAAUGUGUUAAAUAUGUUUAUAAUUCCAUUGUCUUUUUAAAAUUUCCUUAUAUGAAUGUCUUAAAUAAAUACAGAAUUUUAAAUCUU